UAGGUGGUAGUAGUGGGUAUACGGAGAACGACGAUUCGUUCGGGAUAGACGAGCAGAGUUUGGGGUUAGGGACGUUCGUCGGUUGAAUCGAGCCUCAGUCGGCCGGCGGUCUCGCGUGCCGAACAGUCUCGAGCCUUCAGGGCUGCCGCUGCCAACCCACCAUUAAACCUCCAAUCAAACUUGCAAUUACAUCCCUGGCAGAGAUACAUUCCGAACGCUCGCUACCGGCUACGCUACCGGCUGAGAAAUCGAGACUGAAUGCCGUAAUUUGUUUAAAUCGGGAAUUCGCGUUGUUUCCGUAAUUGGAUAUGUAUGCUUAGACGCUUGAUAAAUACAGGACGGAACAUCAAAUAGAAAUACGUAAAUGAGUCUACGAUAUCGACAAUCCUGAUGAAAGUCUAACCACCUCACGUUUUCUUUCGCUUUCUACGAUUCUCGUUAUUAAUUAAGGCACUGUGGAUGUCUCGUGGGUGAUCGAUCGCGAGUGGAAAUUUCACGAAAGAGGAAUAUACGUAAAUACAAGGAUUCAAUAGCAUCAGUGCGUCGUUCGAUGGACUAUCAGUGGUACUUGCAAGCGGUACGAAGAUUCUCUCGUUUUAUGUAAACUAGCAAAACAGCAAAACAGCAAAGUGGUUGCGCACAUUACAGGACUUGGAUACAUUUUUCUAUCUAUAUAUAGCAUUUAUAAUGAAUGCAAGAGACGAAGGCACUACCGUUAGACGAAACGCUUGAUGAAAGUGUAACAAUAAGAGUUGGCCGGGCGUGUGUAAACCAUAAAGCUGUGAUCGGCAUGUUCAGAGCCUCGCAUUAUUAUAACAAUCUUUUGAUAAAUGUCCUAAUUAAAAGUGAUUCGCCUCACGGAUACUUAUUAGGUACGUAGCUGUUCAAUUAGUAGAAUAUCUGUCGGAGUGUGCCUGACUGCCACAAGGACCUACGAGCUUACGAGCUACAGAGGCAAAAUCUUCGUGCAGAACUGAACUUCAAUUUUGACAAUUUUGGGAAACUUGCCACAAUCCUCUUUUUCGGAUACUCCGUUAUAGGCUUCGAGGAAAAUCCUCGUGAAAGAAUAUAUCUUGACGUAACUUUAUUCUCGGUCCUUAAAAACUGGAGAAGGGCGGUAUUCAUAGAUUAAGAGAGGCCUAAAGUGGAUUAGACGAAAAGUUUGCAGCGAAUUUUCCGACGCAAUAUGGUGUGAUACACUGGACAAACUGGAGAAUAGGCAUCAUUGCGCUGAGAAUAAUAAGUUUUUUCUUUGCUAGAAAAAAGAAUUAAGAAAGGAGGAGGAGAGAGAGAGAGAGAGAGAGAGAGAGAGAGAGAGAGAGAGAGAGAAUGAAGAAACCGACAGAACGCGACACGUAAAGUCGCGAUUAAGGCUGGUUCUCCGCGUGAUCCGUGUACGACGACGCUGGGGUGAAGAGUGCGCCGCGACGCUCCAAGAAAAAACACAACCCGGCAAGAAUUGCUAUGAAACGAGACAAGUGGAAAUCGAAAUUGGACGGCAAAGUGUUUAUUAAACAGUGAUAUGCAAGAGAGAAGAAAUAAAAUAGAGAAAGAGUAAUGAGCACAUGGGCUCGUUCCUGCUAACAACAGAGUAAGAACCGACUAACAUGUCCCCGUAUCCUAACCAAGAUCGAGCAGUACUUGAGCGCGUCAGCGACGAGAGCAGCAACAUCGCUGAUUCUGAUUGGGUCUCGCGGCCGUAAGUCAGCUAGGCAGAAGAAAGUUAAUGGAAGUUAAGCAAGGUCUCCUCGAAUGCUCAAAAGAAAAGGGCGUGUGGUGUGGUGUCGGAAUGCCAGCGGUGAAAAAUGAAAAAGAUAAGCAAUGGCCUGAAGCUUGACCUUACGGAGAAUACACCCGGUAGCUCCAGUGCUGCGCGGUUGCCGAAUCUCGUGGAGCAUGCCGAGAACUGGCAGGGUUCCGGGACGGGUGAAAAUUUGAGCAGCAAACUGCCAAACGUCGUGGAGGGCUCGAUGGACUAUGGUAGCAAGCGCAGGUGCUCCAGAUACUUGGAUCACGAUCCGGGAGCGAGUUACAGGGAAGAGGAGCAAGAACGGCAGCAGCAGCCUGGAUAUUCAUGUAGGAGCUUCGAGAGGAAAGGAACGUUCGAGUGCGAGAGUCUGGAAAGGUUCGACAAUAGGAUUUAUCCGAAGGAUACUUUGAGGUACGAGAGGAGAUCCGAUAGGCCCUAUCAGGAGUCUGAUCCGGAUGCACCUUACGAACAUCCCGAGAGCGCCAGACGAUACUCGAGGGACCUGACCGAUUACGAGUACGCGUCCAGGUAUGCCGAGGGGACGCACAAACUUGAGAAAAAGGAACACACCGGCAAGAUCUACGAGUCAGUGUCUAAGGGCUACGAGUCUGGAGUGAAGACUCAUGACGCAACGUACGAGCUCAGCUCCGGUUCCACUCAGGAUUUGAAUACUCGGAAGUAUCAUUCGAGCAAGAUGUAUGGUACCUUGCCCAGGUACGAGUCCUCGGGGAAGUACAACAGCAGUGAACAGGGUUACGAGAGUAAAGGCUACAAGUACGACGCAAAGAGAUCAUUCGAGUCCGAAUACGAGGAGCAGCAGCAGCAGCAGCAGCAGCAGCAGCCUUUCGAGUCCAGCUCGAAGGCAGCCAAGUCCAUGGAUUCCCCCUCGAAAUACGAUUUGGCUAAAGGCUAUGGGAAAUACGAUACCUCGACAAGGUACGACUCCUCCAGGAACUACGAGCAGACCCUCAAAAUUGGAGAGGCCACGUCAUCGUACGCGCGAGGACAGCAUCAGGAGCAGGAGGAGGACACGUCGGAGAAGAUGAACGGCUACAGGAAGAACAACUUCGAAGCUUACGGAGUUUAUUCGGACCCUGAAGACGACCAUGGAUUCUUGGCGAACAAAAAAGUGCCGCAGUACACGUACAAGGGUGUCGUAGUGAACGUAAGUGGUGAGUCUAGCGUGGUCGAGCAGAAGAGGACGAAGAAUCAGCAGACCGAAGUGCCACAGAGUGCCUGGUGUAGGCCGACGAUACUUCUGCUCCUCCUGGUCCUCCUCGUCGUCGUCUUCGUAUUCGUCGCUGGGAUCCUACUAUACUUUAAUUACAUGUCAUACAAGCCCCGUCAUCCCGUUAUCGAGGGUAAGGAUCUAAAUUUCGUGAGUAAUAACGCCGAACCAUGUGAGAAAACUUUCUGCGCCUGGGGGGCCUCGUGCGUCGUCUCCGAGAAUGGUCGAGCUCAGUGUCAGUGUCCUGUUGAAUGUCCUUCGGACUCUGCUCCCAUUUGCGGCUCUGACGACGUCACGUACAUGAACGUCUGCCAUCUGCGUCAGGCCAGUUGUCAGCGCCGGAAGAAUACGAGAGUGAAGCACAAGGGUGCCUGUGAAAUAACCGAUCCGUGCACGAAGAUGAACUGUUCGCUAGGAUCGCAUUGCGUCCGGAGUCGCGACGGAAGUGAAGCCCGGUGCGAGUGUCUUGAGUCCUGCCCAAGUUUGGGCGACCACGAGGGAUCAGGACCGGUCUGCGGCACCGAUGGAGUCGACUACCCGAACCUCUGCGAAUUGAAUCGGACUGCCUGCACCAGGAGUGCCAACAUCAGUGUUGCCUUCCGCGGAAAGUGCGAUCCCUGCGCAGGCGUCGAGUGCAUGGAACCGGAAAUUUGCCAGUUGGACUCGUCGAGGCAGCCAGCCUGUCGCUGCGGCGAAACCUGCGGACUUGAAUUUUCGCCCGUUUGCGGUAGCGAUGGGAAAACUUACUCCAAUGAAUGCAGCCUCAGGCAGGAAGCCUGUAGAUCUCGGUUACCUCUCAGGCAGAUCUACAUAGGCGCCUGCAGUUCCGGUAUCAAUCCUUGCGAUGGCGCCCAGUGCGGGUCGGUUCAACAGUGUGCGAUCGAUCGUUAUGGAAUCGCCAAAUGCGAAUGUGGCCCAGAAUGUGAACCUGUGAUGAGACCAGUCUGCGCCAGAGGAGGCACCACGUUCACCUCCUUGUGUGAACUCAAGAGACGAGCUUGUCUUACCAAGACCGACAUAGAGUUUGCGUACACGGGAGCUUGUGGUUCCCGUGGUCCAUGCUCCGAGAAGGUUUGCCAAUGGGGAGCCGUUUGCGCCGAAACCGGUGAGACUGCAAUUUGCGAAUGUCCGACCUGUCCAGCGGAAUUUCAACCGGUUUGCGGGGACGACGGGAUCAGCUACGGAAACGAGUGUAAACUUCGUCUGGAAGCAUGUCAGCAUCGUCGAGAAAUACGCGUUCUAUACCAGGGCUUGUGCAAUGGCUGCGAAAACAAGAAGUGCGAUCAUUACGCCAUCUGCGAAAGCGACAGCGCAGGGGAAGCGAAAUGCGUCUGUCCGAAAAACUGCGACGAGUCGGAGAAGGAACCACCUGCCGCCUCUAAGGUUUGUGGCUCGGACAGGGUGACUUACGCCAGCGAGUGCGCCCUCAAGAAAGCCUCUUGCUCUACGCAAACCCUAAUCGUUCUUAGCUACAAGGGUGACUGCGAAUUGUGUACUGGAGUGAAAUGUGAGCAUGGGGCCCGUUGCGUCGCCGGGGUCUGUACCUGCCCAGAAGCCUGCCCGGAAAAGGCAGGUGAACCAGUUUGCGGAAGCGACGCCAAAACUUACCCAUCGGAGUGUGAACUCCAGAAGAGUGCCUGCGAAAGGACUCCCACUCUUCCUCCACUUCAUGUCAUUUUCUAUGGCGACUGCAGCGAAAGAUUCGCCGUGGCGGCUCUCACCACCGUGUCGACACCCGCCGUAACUCGCCUAGCAACAACAGUCGAGGUGACAAGUACACAAGAGAGAGAAGCCUGCAAGGAUAUUCAUUGCGAUUUUGAGGCGACCUGCGAGCUUGGUCCGGACAAGUUUCCAAGAUGCAGCUGCCGCUUCGAUUGCGCAUCGAUAUCGCCGGAGAACAUGCGUCCUGUUUGCGCGAGUGACCACAAAACUUACUCGUCUCUGUGCGCCAUGAAGAUGGAGGCCUGUCAGAGGCAGCAGGAACUGAGACUCAGACCAUUAGACCUUUGUCAAGGUAUGGAGGUAAAACCGUGCAAUGGGGAUCCGCCAUUAGUGGAUUCUGAGAAUAGGGAAUACGAUUGCGGCAGUGGAAAGGAACGCAGAGAUUGCCCUAGCAACAGUUACUGUCAUCAGACAACCUCGUUUGCGCGUUGUUGUAAAAAAGCUCAAGGAGUGCAGGUAGUAAAGUGUUCAGACUCAUGGCACGGAUGCUGUCCCGACGGCAAGACAGCAGCUUUAGGUCCAGACCACGCAGGCUGCCCAAGUUUAUGCAACUGCAACAGACUCGGAAGUGUCUCGGACACCUGCAACCCCGAAACCGAACAAUGCGAAUGCAAGCCGGGCGUCGGUGGUUUGAAGUGUGACAGAUGCAUGCCGGGUUAUUGGGGUCUACCAAAGAUCAGCGAGGGCCACCAGGGAUGCAUACCUUGCGGCUGCUCCCUCUUUGGAUCUGUGCGUGAGGACUGCGAACAAAUGACUGGUAGAUGCGUGUGCAAGCCGGAAAUACAAGGACAGAAGUGCACCAUAUGCACAGACCACAAUAAGAUACUAACGCAGACAGGAUGUUAUUCAGCUGACGCGAGUCCACCAAUUCCAACAAGCUGCAACGAACUGGAGUGCUAUUCCGGUGGACACUGCUCGGAAAUUGGCGGUGCGCACUGCGUCUGUCCGUCUUCCUGUCCGACGGAAGUACCGUCGAUGCCCGUCUGCGGCAGCGACGGACAGACUUACGACAACGAAUGCGAGUUACGACUUUACGCUUGUCGACAUCAGGCGGACGUCGUGACGCAGGCCUUUGGUCAUUGCCGAGACGACCCGAUGGUGAACACAGACUUUCCCGUAAAGAGAUACACAGCCGUCCAGUACACGCAGCCAGCUGCAGCUAUAUCGCCUUUAUCCAAAUCCACAAGGCACCUUCUGGUACCAGAACCGGAUCCCCGUUAUUAUUACACGCAUCGCGCCCACCAGGAGACCAUCACCAUCAACAGAGAUAACCUGAAGCAUGGUGUAGCCGCUGCGUAUAGACCAACACCAGCUACAAUUAGAGUCGUUACAGCUCUUCUUGGUGACCUCUGCGCCGACGAUAAGGACUGCACGAUCCCGAACAGCGAGUGCAUCAAUGGUGGUUGCAUCUGCGCCGACGGCUACGCCGAGACGAGCGACCGUCAGGAAUGUUUCGCGAAUUAUGUGCCGGUUACUCCUACAGAAGAAUUUCGUGCUUGUCUCUCAUAUCCUUGUCACAUGUCCUCUACGUGCAUCGAUUUGCCGAGCGCCACAUUCGUCUGCGUGUGCAGACCAAAUUACACGGGUUUGCUCUGCGACGAGGAGAUGAACAAACGUGACUACGAGGUGCCGUCAUUCGAUGGAAAAAGUUACGUCAGAAUGAACAGACUGAAGGCCUAUCACAAAUUCAGUAUCGAGGUAGAAUUUAAGACGUAUGCUGAUAACGGGAUUAUACUGUACAAUCAGCAAAAGAAAGAUGGCACCGGUGAUUUCGUAUCAUUGGCCAUUGUCGACGGGCACGUUCAGUUCAGAUACAAUCUGGGAAAUGGAGCGGUCAUAUUAACGUCCUCAGAACGAGUCUCCAUGAAAACGUUUCAUCGGAUAGCAGCGAAAAGAUAUCAUAAGGAUGGAGUUUUGAUAUUUAACGACGGAGAGGAUGUCGCUGGUCAGAGUCAGGGAAUGCUCAAAUCCCUAGACUUGAAUCAAGACACGUUUGUCGGCCACGUUCCCACCAACUAUACCAAGGUUUAUGAAAAUAUCGGUACCAGCCACGGCUUAUUGGGAUGCAUCCGUAAGCUCAAGAUAAACAGGAUACCUGUGGAUCUGCACAUGGGUCAAGACAAGGAUAUCCUGGAGACUUAUCGCGUGAAGGAAUGCGGUGAGAAUGCCUGCGCAAAUCUGCCCUGUCAAAAUGGCGCCACCUGUCAGCCAAUUUAUGAGGAAGAUUUGUGCAAUGGCCGGGAAUGCAAAAGGAGUCCACGCAAGGGACGGGGUCGAUCUAAGGGCGUCAGCAUCGUAAGAUGCAAAGGUUCCCGCUGCGUUCCGGAAUCACGAAAAUCGAAAAAGAACUCGAAGAAACGUUGCGCUUCGUUCGGAUGCGAUUACGAUUACGGCGCCGAGUACCAUUCGAAAUACGGACACAAUUAUGCCAUGGAUAAGUACGAACCGCAAGAAUACAAAUGCAUCUGCCCACCGCAGUACACAGGCGUUAAUUGCGAGGAAACGUUGGACCCUUGUAUGACUGAGCCCUGCCAACAUGGCGCCACUUGCGACAUUCUCCCACAAGGCGGAUACGUCUGCAAAUGUCCUCCAGGCAGAACUGGCGAACAAUGUGAAAUCCUUGAUGCGGAACUCACGGAGUUGCUGGUACCGGAAAUGUCGGCCGAUGGCUUUCUCGAAAUGCCAUGUCUCGAAGGUGUGGCCAAGGCGUUCUCCAUCGAAUUGUGGUUCCUCACUCGCGCGAACGACGGUCUCCUGCUGUACAACGGUCAAUUGAAUAACGGCAGAGGCGAUUUCAUAAGCCUAAAUUUGGUCCGCGGCCGACUUGAAUUCCGGUUCAAUCUAGGAAGUGGCAUAGCCAACAUAACCUCGCCGGAUCUUGUCAGUCUGGAUACCUGGCAUUGUGUCAGGAUCAGUAGAUUGGGUAGAGAAGGAUUGCUGCAAAUGGACGACGGUACAGUGGCUCGAGGACUUUCCGGAAGUCCUUUAACUGAACUCAAUCUAGAGAUGCCUCUCUAUAUUGGAGGAGUCAAACACUGGCGGGAAGUUCAUCGUCUGGCCGGUGCCUGGACCGGACUCGUAGGAGCAAUUCAGAGAUUAAUGGUAAACGGGAAAACUUACCAGAAUCUCGCUGUAAACGUGACCCAGCAUAACACCGAGGUCUACGAUGGUUUGCCAUGUCCAAGCAAUGAAAAUCCCUGUCACAAUAGUGGCGUGUGUCUCCCUCUACUGAACAGCUACCUUUGCAAGUGCGCAGCCGGCUAUAACGGACUCCAUUGUGAAUUCUUCAUGGGUUCGGGUCACGAUGCGACCAGCAGCGAAAUCUCUGAGAAACCUGUGCGGUUUAAUGGCGAUAAUUUUCUACAAUUCAAGCAUCGCUUUGGCCGAAGUCCUAACGUCACUAAUACCACGCUUGGAGAAUACUUCGAGGAGUCUUACUUCGAUUAUGAUUUGGAAGAUGAUAUCGAUUACGAGUACGAGAGUUACGAUUAUGCAGAGCGCAGAGGACAACAAUCAAACAAACUCGAUCUAAGAUUAAGGACAACGCAUCCCGAGGGUCUGAUAGCGUGGAUAGGACGUGGCAAGGCUGAACACUUAAUAUUGUCCUUGCAGGAAGGACACGUAGUCCUGACGUACAAGAGCAAAAGCGAGGAAAUUUCCCUGAGGAGUAGAGAAAGAAUCGACGACGGUAUCUUCCAUCACAUAAAGGCGUCGCGACGUCGAAAGGCAACCCUCAUCCAGAUAGACGAGCUCCAGCCCGUGAAACUCUCGACGGAAUCAAGUCUGCUAAUGACCAACGGGAAACUGUUCAUCGGUGGAAAACCUGGCCACAGGGGUUUAAAAGCCUGCGUCACGGAUUUCAUAAUAGACAAGAGGCGUUUGCAACUGGCGAGACGAAAGAUUGAAUUUUGCCACGAUAACGACGUAUGAUAGCGAGCCGUGAGUCAUCGGAUAAGCUCCGACGCACCGCUUCCAGUUAGAUUAAGGAAAGUCGUGGAAAUGGCGGGGACCGUUGUCGCGAGUUAACAAGAAAUCUUUCAAGUAUUAGAAAGACACCAAACGGAAUAACUCUGCGCCAGGAUUAAAAAAUUUACAAGGAAUGUUAUACAACAAUAUGUAGAAGAAUGCGUACAACAAGAUUUACUUAUGUCGCCCUGCGAAGGAACUUGCUUCAGGAUUUUUCCAUCCUCGGUUUAAACGUUUGUCUUUACUUACGAGGAGAUAGUAAGCAAACGAAAAGACAUGCUUGAAUGGGACGCGAGUUUUAGUGAAAAUUAGAAAAUCGUGAUUGUUCGUAGGAAUUAAUGAGGAAGACAAAGAAAUACAAUUUCUAAGGAGGAAGGAAUGAAACCAGACAAAUAGCAAAGAAGAGAAUAUUCAAAUGCUAUAUUUCCAUCGAAAGACAAUAAUAUAUUUUUAAGUAUAUCCGUGACGAUAUUCGCUCACGGAUACAAAAUAUAUAUAUAAAUUUACUCUGUAAACAUACUUUUAGAAAAUCGGCGUGGACUAUUAAGAUCAAUGUAAAUGGGAAUUUACCUUUUUUUUGCGGUAUCUCAAAAUUUCAGUCGAUAGUUGUAAUAUUAAGAGUAAGAUAAUGAGAGACAUGCACACACGUACACACGCGUCAUUAUAUAUAAUGCCAAGACUGACUAACAUGGAGGAAGAGAAAUUAAAAUCGGUGUUAUGUUUGAGUGUUCGGUAGAGAGGUUUAAUAUUGUGCAUUUCCGAUGAAGCAAAAAUGUAUUUUAAAGGACUGUUGAUUUAUGCCAGUAGAUUGCAUUGUUUCAGAUAGGCGAAGCUUUUUAUAAAUGAGCAUAAAGUAUAUAUAUAUAAAUGCCUAUGUUAUAUAUAUAUAUAUUACAUUCCAUUAUCAUGGACAACAGAUGUAUCCGAUAGAUUCUCUAUAUUAUGUAGAUAUAAUAUAUAUUAUAGAUAUUUAUAAUAUCUAUGUGUAAAACAAAUAUUAGGAUAAUGAGAUUGAAUAGUAAUUAAAUGUGUAUUUAAGAAACAAAAGUAUGUGACAAGGAACAAUUGUAAAAGAUUCGUCCGAUAUGAGAGUGUGAGUCCAUUUCCCAAAAUAUGUAAAUAAUAGAAUGUACGUUAAUUAUCUAUUGAUUGAUUAUCGCAUAAGUAGAAUGUACCUAUAUUGGACCUAAUGACUCUAACGACCUAAAGAUGUUAUUUGAUACAUAUGAAAAUCUUAACGAGACGCGGCUUAAUUUUCUAAAUGGAAAACAUCGAUAGAUCAAGUGAUCCUUGUAUACGAAGUUGUACGGUUUAAUGUCAUCGACGUCGUAAUUCCAUCGCGAGAGAAGAUGGAAUGAAAGAGUAAUAGGAAAGAAAUGUGAGAGAAAGGCCAUUUUGUAAAAGAGAUAUUUUGUGAAGACUACAAGAUCCAAGAGAAUUAUUUUCAAAGAAGAAGCACGCACAUUUUGAGGACUUUCAAGAAGCUGUAUUCUUCGUCACAAGGAGAUAUUUUUAAAUUUGAUUCAACAAAAAUAUUUAAUUAGGUCGCCACUGUAUACGCCGAAAGGAUAAAAUGUGAAAUGAUCCCAACAAGAUUCAUUAGCAUUUGAAGAUAUGAAAAACAGUGAAAAAACGUACAGUCUGUGAAAAAACUUAAUUCGCAUUGUUUUCUACUAUCAAACGAUAACUUGUAUGAAUACUAUGUCAGACUUCGAAGCGUCACAAUUAAGAUAGAUUCUAACGAAUAAUACGUAUCUAGCGAACGCAAGUCGCGCUCUAUAAUAUCAUAAAAAUAUCACAAGAGUGUUUUGGUAGAUUUAAUAGUAGAGCAACAUAACGACGCAAUUCCUCGCGAAUUCCAUAAAGAAUUUCAGCAGUGAUUCACGGAUUUCGCCAGCAAUUCAGCAGAGAUUUAUGUAUAAGGUGCAUUACGUGACUCGUGAGUCGUGGACGACCGUGAAACUCCUCCAUCUAAGAAUUUCAUUUAUCUGCGGAAUUUAGAAAGAGAAAAAGAUUGAGAGGAAACGAAAAAACGUAUGUUAGAAAAUAUAUAUUUAGCCAGUAUAACAAAGCGAAUAUCGAUCGGUGAGACUUUCAGUAGAGUUCUCCGACGAUCGCAACGCCCCCGCCACUGAUUUCGCGAAUGAAAAAUCGAGCUUAAGGAACGUCGCCGGGACGAGUGGAUUUAUUAAUAUUGGAUUAGCGGUGUGAAAAUGUUAAGAAAGAGAAUAAUGAAAAUACAAUAAAGCGUUGCAUAGUGCCGUAGCUCGUAGCAAGAGACGUGACGUGAUACGUGGAAACUUGUAGAUUUGACAGGAAUUUUCUGGCUGUCUGAAGAAUAAAAGGAAAUGAUAGAACUCAUUGUGAAAUUAAUCAUGGAAGGACAUCGCGAGCAAUCUUACACAUAUCCAUAUGUUUACGUAUCUUCUUUGGACUCCGUAAAGAUUAAGGAUGAGGAUUUCAAGCCGUAAGGAAAUGAAUGAAACAUUUAUUCCGAAUUUCCAAAUUAUCAUGAAACACAUAUCGAGAAUACCGAUUAUCUUACACUCUGCAUCAAGUAAAUAUGCAUUUUUCUCAAGACGAGAGUGCAAAAAGGGACGAGCCAAGUUUUGCUUCUGGGAUGCUGACGGUGAAAAUAUUGUCAAACUCUUGAAAAGGACGAUGAAAUCACCGUCUUUUUUCAUUAACUUUUCUUCGCCUGCCAUUCAUUCUGCGUCGACCUUUAUUGCGCGUGUUUGCAUCUCAAGGAACUUUGAAAGUCUCGAAAAGAUACCGAAGAUAGAGACAAUGCUGCCGCGUGACUAAUCGUCGACAAUUCGAAUUCUCUCGUCCAAUGAAAUAGAGGAAAUUUUGCAAAAAGUUUUCUAGCGGACAUGAGUCAAAAGACAAUAGUUGCCCCAAGCGGACGAGAGCGCAGCAAAUCUCUUGCGAGAAAACUACUUAUACUUACUGCCAACCUUAGAUAGGUGGAUACGUCUUUUUUAUUUUUUAUUUUUUUUAUUUUUUUUUUCACUAGUAUCCGUGACUCUGGCAGCGUGUAUGGUGCAAGAGAGUUUUAGAGAUUCUGGGAAAUGUCACGUCUACGUCAGGGUACGCUUUAAUCGAGAAAAUUAUGAGUUUUCUUUCAACGUGUAGCACACGUGUGAACGCUGCCCUCAAUUAGUUUUUUACUUUGAUACCGUCAUACUGUGACCGUAACGCUCGAAACCUAAUGGAGCUACUAUGUAACAAAAAGCGCAUUGUAAAGUAACUGUAUAUAAAUAUAUAAAUUAUGCGAUUACCAUCAA